AUGGGGCUGCACAAGGAGAGAAAAUUCGUCGCUUCUUUGAGGCCUUCAGAUGCUGCUGGGAUCCAACAGCAAGCGCACCGCCAACAGGUAUACACAGUGCUGCAGCAGCAGCAGCAGCAGCAGCAGCAACACGUGCAGGUGCAGCAGCAGCAGCAGCAGAUGCAGCAGCAGCAGGUGCAGCAGCUGCAGCUGCAGCUGCAGCAGCAGACGCGGGGCACAGUAGGAGUAGUAGUAGGAUUUGUACAGAGCUGCAUUCGAGAGGGUGUGGGGUUAGAGGGCGAGGGUUUGGGGGGCGAGCUGAUAGAGGGAGAAGGCGACGACGACGACGGCUCUGCUGUCUCCUCCAGCAGCGCAGCAUCCAACAGCCGCAGCGCUGCAUCUUCUUCUGUCCCUCUCCGCAGCAAGCGCCCAGCAGCAGCAUACGGGUUAUAUGGUGCUGCUGCUGCUGCUGCUGCUGCUGCGCCUCCUGCUGCUGCUGCAGCGGCGACAGAACUGCAGCAACACCCGUUACACCUGCAGCAGCAGCAGCAGCAGCAACUGCUGCAAACAGCUACCGGUCCUGCACCCUUCGAUGCAUCUGCUGCACCAAGGAGAGCCCUUAUGCGGCUUCCUCCGAGGCCUCCUGCUGCUGCUGCAGCAGCAGCAGCAAAUGCAGCAGCAGAAGCACCUCCAGCAGCAGCAGCAGCAGCAGCAGCAGCAGCAGGAGUCAGAGGAACCAGCAGCAGCAAGAAGCAACCCUAUAUACCGAGCUACCUUGGGUAUAUCCCUGAGGGCAUUGAGCUGCCGCCGUCUCUCACUAAGAGAGGAUCGCAGCAGCAGCAAGAGCUGCAGCAGCAGCAGCAGAUGCUGCUGAUGCAGCAACCACAGACAAAGAGGCAGCGUAGGGCAGCAGCACGAGACGGAGACAUUUCUGCUGCUGCUUCUGCUGCUGCUGCUGCUCCUCACCAGCCGUAUGCUGCUGCUGCUCCCCCUGUAGGCCACCCUAUGCAAGCCAUGCCGCUGCAUGCGCCUGUUGGGGGUUAUCAAGGGAGCGAUGCUGCUGCUGCUUUUGAUGGGUAUCAAGGGAGCGAUGCUGCUGCUGCUUUUGAUGGAUCUUUGCUGCAGCAGCAGCAGCUGCAGCAGCAGCAGCAGCUGCAGCAGCUGCAGCAGCAGCCGUUUGCUGCUGCUGCUCCACUUGAUGGCGUCUCUCAGAGAUCUCUGCGCCGCGACAAAAAAGGGAAAUCAUCGAAGCCAAAAAAGAAGACAAGAGAGAGCUCGCUGCACCCGCAAGAGCAGCAGCAGCAGCACCUGCUGCAGCAGCAGCAACAGCAGCAGCAACUGCAGCAGCAGCAGCUGAUGCACCAUCAUACAGCGCCGCAGCAGAUGGGAGAGGGAACCACCCAGAGGCCCCCCGGGAUGAAGCCGCUUCGAAUUCGUCUUUCUUUUGGCAUGCAGCAGCAGCAGCAGCAGCAGCAGCAGCAGCAGCUGCAGCAGCAGCAACUGCAGCAGCAGCAUGCAGCACAGAACCACGAUCAGGUGCACCUCCAGCAUACGCAGCCUUUCUAUGGCACGAGUAGGCCGUAUGACCUGCAGCAGCAGCAGCAGCAGCAGCCACUGCAGCAGCAGCAGCUGCUGCAGCAGCAGCACCCCGUCUACGGACAGCCAAUGCACCCGCCAUCGUUCGACAUGCAGCAGCAGCAGCAGCAGCUGCUGCCGCAGCAGCAGCAGCAGCAGCAGCCAGCUGCUCCUGCUGCGCCCCCGAAAUUUCGCAUCCGGCUUCCAAUGCAGCCCCCCCAGUAG